AUGUAUUGGUUUAUUCUGCAUCUCCUAGCAGUAGCACUGCCGGCCGCUGCUCUUGUCACACAUGAUCCCUGCAGACUCGUCGAGUCUAAGAUCCCAGGGCGCAUCUCAUACCCCAGUUCAACCACAUACAAUGCCUCCGUCUCGUCCUACUACGACGACCAGGAGCGCUCCCUGAGGCCUGGCUGCAUCUUCAGGCCGACCAAUACCUCAGAAGUAUCCCAGUUCGUCAAGUUGAUGACUGCGGACAAACGCAAGCCCCAGUUCGCCGUCCGCGGUGGUGGACACACCCUGUGGACGGGCGCCGCCAAUAUUGGGCCGGGAAUCACCGUCGACAUGCGCCUCAUGGACCAGCUCGAGUUGAGCGAGGAUAAGAAGAUCGCCCGCAUCGGAGGGGGAGCCGUCUGGGAUCAUAUUUACCCGCAGCUGGUCCCGCACGACUUGACGGUGAUGGGAGGCCGCAUCCCUGGGAUCGGAGUGGGAGGUUUCGCCAUGGGAGGCGGAAUCACCUUCUCAUCCCGUGAGCACGGUUUCAGCUGCGACAACAUCUACGGCUACGAGAUCGUUCUAGGCAACGGUCAAGUCAUCUACGCCGACCAACGCUCCCAUCCGGACCUUUGGCUGGCCCUGAAAGGCGGCUCCAACAACUUUGGCAUCAUUACCCGCUUUGAUGCGGCGACGAUUCCACUGGGCAAAAUGUGGUACAACCAUCUGCACUACAAUUAUACAGACUCCGCGCUGCAGGCUCACGCUGAAGCCUUCAGCGACUUUAUGAAGCCUGAGAAUUACGACGGUGCCGCCAUGAUGGGAGUCUUCCUGGACUACCUAGGCGGAAAAUUCCUGCUUCACGAUGCCUUGUGGUAUACAAGAGAGGUCGAGAACCCGGCGGUUUACGACGCCUUCACCGAGAUCCCGAACUUGGGAGGCGUGGCGGAGCUCAACACGAUUGACAACGUGGUGGACAAGUUUGGAGACGAUAUCCCAUCCCAGGUGGGACGCGCUUUCCAACUCACGUUUUCCUUCCACAACCCAGAUCCGACGGUCUACAUGGAACUCUUCAAGAUAUGGGAGACGGGCCUGAGCAAGAUCGCAAAUGUCGAAGGCCUCUUCGUCGAGUUCUUGACCCAGCCGCAUCCGGUCACCAACGGCACCAACUUGUUCGGCUUGACGCCUGGGAGGACCGACGAUGUCAUGGUCGACAUGACUGCCGCAUACACAAACCAGGCAGACGAUCGCCUCGUCCAGUCUGUCAUCACGGACAUUGUGAACGAGCAACGCGCCCUCUUGAAGCGGUCUGGACAUCUGAUGGACUUUAUCUAUCUCAACUACGCCGACAUCUCGCAGGAGGUGCUCCAGAGCUGGGGCGCAGAUAACGUGGCCAAGCUCAGGGCUGCCAGCAACAAAUAUGAUCCCAAGCGUGUCUUUCAGAAACAGGUUCCUGGUGGUUUCAAAAUCCCAAAGUAG